AGAGCGGCGGGGACACAGCAGACCACGACGAAGGCGCACAGGCAGCCGGGCCGGGCCGGGCCACGGGGAGAGCGGCCGCCGGGAAGCGGGCGGGAGGCUGGGCGGGCAGCGGGCAGCCGCCGAGCCGCGAAGCGACAUGGUGCUGCUCAAGGAGUAUCGAGUCAUCCUGCCUGUGUCUGUAGAAGAGUAUCAAGUAGGGCAGCUGUAUUCUGUGGCUGAGGCCAGCAAAAAUGAAACGGGUGGUGGUGAAGGCGUGGAGGUCCUGGUGAAUGAGCCCUAUGAGAAGGACGGCGAGAAAGGCCAGUACACGCACAAGAUCUACCAUUUACAGAGCAAAGUACCCACGUUUGUUCGAAUGCUGGCCCCGGAGGGAGCCCUGAAUAUACAUGAAAAAGCAUGGAAUGCCUACCCUUACUGCAGAACUGUUAUUACAAAUGAGUACAUGAAAGAAGACUUUCUGAUAAAAAUUGAAACCUGGCACAAACCAGAUCUUGGCACCCAGGAGAAUGUGCAUAAACUGGAGCCUGAGGCAUGGAAACAUGUGGAAGCCAUAUAUAUAGACAUUGCAGAUCGAAGCCAAGUACUUAGCAAGGAUUACAAGGCAGAGGAAGACCCAGCAAAAUUUAAAUCUGUCAAAACAGGCCGAGGACCCUUGGGCCCCAAUUGGAAGCAAGAACUUGUAAAUCAGAAAGACUGCCCUUAUAUGUGUGCAUACAAACUGGUUACUGUCAAGUUCAAGUGGUGGGGCCUGCAGAACAAAGUGGAAAACUUUAUACAUAAGCAAGAGAGGCGUCUGUUUACAAACUUCCAUAGGCAGCUGUUCUGUUGGCUCGAUAAGUGGGUUGACCUGACUAUGGACGACAUUCGAAGGAUGGAAGAAGAGACGAAGAGACAGCUGGACGAGAUGAGACAAAAGGACCCAGUGAAAGGAAUGACGGCGGAUGACUAAAGCCACUCCUCCCCUUCUGCACUUUUUGCAAGACAGUGGUCAACAGGAAGGCCCAGCAGCUCCACCCUCCCGAGUGACAGGCCAUCUUCGGACGCAGCCUUUCUGUGCCCAUUCUUCAGGCAACUUUGAUCCUUCACUGUAGCUAAUUCUAGAUGCCCUUUAAUAUUGUGAACACAUAGACCGUCUGGUAUUAUGAAGCCCGUGUGUGCGGGAGCCUGCCCCUCUGAGAUACGUGGUGUAGGUGGCUGUAUUUACAGCUCCUCCCUCUCCAACCAUUGUGUUCUUGACCCACUUCUGUGUCCCCCCCCCCUCCAUUUCCAAGUGACAUUUUUAGUCUUUCAAAAUAGCUGCCUUUUGUGAUGUGGUGAUUUAAAUGAUUACUUUGUUUGUUUUCAACCUUGGGAUAAACUGAGGUAUUUUGCUUCCUGG